CUUGCAGUUAGUUUCAGCUGUACUCUGAUCACCACUCCAAUACCUCAAGGCACUAGAAACAGAAUCUUAUGAAGGAAUUGUCACACACACACACAUACAGUUGCAAAGAUAUCCGUCAUGAAAAGAGCAUGAAUUAUCAUACACGGUGAAAUCUUUAUCUUUAUCAGUUGGCCCCUGUGUUUCCAUCAUGUCUCUGAAACUUGAAAGAUCUAUAGAUUCAUCUGCCCUGCAGAAAAUUGCAGCAGACAUGAGCAGUCUAAUAGAAAACCUUGAUACUAGUGAGCUCCACUUUGAUGGAGAAGAAGUGGAUGCCGACAUCACAAGUGACACCAAAGUUAGUGGUGCGUGCUUUCCAUUCUCUGCCAUCUAUAACACAAAGGGAUUCAAAGAAGCUGACCUACAAACAUUUUCGGUUGGAUGUCCCAUUAAAGUACGGGUCUUGGAAGUUGAACGUUUUGCCUCUUCAUCUUCAUCAAAGGCACCAGUUCUAAAUAUCUACACAAUAGAAUUAACUCACGGAGAGUUUACAUGGCAGGUAAAGAGAAAAUACAAGCACUUUCAAGAUCUCCACCGAGAGCUACUUCGGUACAAAGCAUUUAUCAGAAUACCUAUUCCCACUAGAAGCCACACAGUAAGAAGACAGACUGUUAAAAGAGGAGAUGUACGAUCAAUGCCAAACCUUCCACGGAAUGCUGAGAUUGUCCGAGAAGAACAGUCUUCAAGCAGAAGGAAACAGUUGGAAGAUUACCUAUCUGCAUUAUUAAAAAUGCCCAUGUACAGAAAUUACCAUGCAACUAGAGAAUUUAUUGAUGUAAGUCAGCUGUCUUUCAUUCACGAUCUUGGACCAAAGGGCAGUGAAGGAACAAUAAUGAAGAGAUCUGGUGGCUACAGAAUACCUGGUCUAAACUGUUGUGGACAAGGCAGUGUUUGCUAUCGAUGGUCAAAAAGGUGGUUGGUUGUAAAAGAUUCAUUUCUUCUUUACAUGAAGUUAGACACUGGGGCUAUUUGUUUUGUUUUACUGGUUGAUAAGGAAUUUACCAUAAAGAUUGGCGAAAAAGAGGCUGAGACCAAAUAUGGUUUACGAAUUGACAAUCUUUCAAGGAGCUUGAUAUUGAAAUGUAACAGCUACAGACAUGCCCGUUGGUGGGGUCAGGCAAUUGAAGAAUUUGUAAGAAAAAAUGGAAAAAAUUUCCUUACUGAUCACAGAUUUGGUUCCUAUGCAGCCAUUCAAAAUAACACACUUUCAAAAUGGUAUGUCAAUGCUAAAUUGUAUUUCAAUGAUGUGGCUGAUGCAAUGGAAGCAGCAAAAGAAGAAAUUUUCAUCACAGAUUGGUGGUUGAGUCCAGAAAUCUUUCUCAAGCGUCCUGUUGUGGAAGGAAACAGAUGGAGACUGGACUGCAUUCUUAAACGAAAAGCUCAACAAGGUGUGAAAAUAUUUGUCAUGCUGUACAAGGAAGUAGAACUUGCUCUGGGCAUCAAUAGCGAGUAUAGCAAGAGGACCCUGCUUCGUAUCCAUCCAAAUAUUAAGGUUAUGAGGCACCCAGAUCACAUGUCCUCCUCGGUGUACCUUUGGGCUCAUCAUGAAAAGAUUAUUGUGAUAGAUCAGUCUGUGGCUUUUGUUGGAGGAAUUGACCUGGCCUACGGAAGAUGGGAUGAUGAUGAACACAGGCUAACUGAUGUUGGCAGUGUAAAGCGAAUUGUGACAACACAGUCCGUAACCACAAUAAACAAGAUCCCAUCAGAUUCUACUCUGUCUUUAAAUGGUGAUAACAGAGCAGCAAAGAAAAGUUUUCAAGUCCCAGUUAAGAAAGAUGAGGAUGGAGUUGAUUCAUCGAGAAUCAGAGGACUGGGGAAAUCUAAGAAGUUUGCAAAAUUUAGCCUUUACAAGCAGCUCCACAAACACAACCUUCAGCAUGCAGACAGUGUGAGCAGCAUAGACAGCGAAUCACAUAGAGGAUCAGUUCGCAGUUUGCAGACAGGCAUGGGAGAACUCUUAGGUGAAACCCGCUUUUGGCAUGGAAAGGACUAUUGCAACUUUGUUUUUAAGGACUGGGUACAGUUGGACAAACCAUUUGCAGAUUUCAUUGACCGAUACCAGACUCCUAGAAUGCCAUGGCACGAUAUUGCUUCUGUUGUACACGGAAAAGCAGCACGAGACGUUGCAAGGCAUUUCAUCCAACGAUGGAACUUUACUAAAAUAAUGAAACCCAAAUAUCGUUCUCUUUCCUACCCAUUCUUGCUGCCAAAAUCUCACAAAACUGCCAAGGAACUAUCGUACCAAGUUCCAGGUUCUGUCCAUGCACGAGUGCAGGUGUUGCGCUCUGCAGCAGAUUGGUCGGCUGGUAUAAAGUACCACGAAGAGUCUAUUCACAAUGCAUAUGUGCAUGUGAUAGAAAACAGUAAACACUACAUUUACAUUGAGAACCAAUUUUUUAUCAGCUGCGCUGACAACAAGCUUGUUUUUAACAAGAUAGGGGAUUCCAUUGCUCAGAGAAUACUUAAAGCUCACAGGGAAAACAAAAGGUUCCGAGUCUAUGUAAUAACUCCAUUGCUACCUGGAUUCGAAGGAGAUAUUUCCACCGGAGGGGGCAGUGCCUUGCAGGCUGUUAUGCACUUCAACUACAGGACCAUUUGCAGAGGAGAGAAUUCCAUCAUUGGACAACUGAAAGCAGAAAUUGGAAAUCAGUGGAUUAACUACAUAUCGUUCUGCGGUUUGAGAACGCACGCGGAGCUGGAAGGGAAUCUUGUCACCGAGCUGAUAUAUGUGCACAGCAAACUGCUCAUCGCUGAUGAUAAUACCGUCAUUAUUGGUUCAGCUAAUAUUAACGAUCGCAGCAUGAUGGGAAAGCGUGACAGCGAGAUGGCUGUUGUUUUUCAAGACACAGAGACUGUUCCAUCGGUCAUGGAUGGCGAGACUUAUGAAGCUGGAAAUUUUGCCCUGUCACUUAGAAUGCAUUGUUUCAGGCUGCUUCUUGGCUGCCUCAAUGAUACUUCUGUCAACAUCCAAGAUCCUAUAAGUGACAAAUUCUUCAAAGAAGUGUGGGUUGCAACUGCAGCACGCAAUACUACAAUUUUUGAUAAGGUCUUCAGAUGCCUUCCCAGUGAUGAAGUUAAUUAUUUUUCCCACCUUCCCGAGUACCUUGCCAAGCCAGGACUCGCAACGCAAGAUCGAGUGAAAGCUCAAGAAGAAUUACAGAGGAUCAAAGGUUUUGUGGUGCAGUUCCCCUUUUCCUUCUUAGCUGAAGAAAACCUUUUGCCCUCGGUUGGCACAAAAGAAGCCAUUGUGCCCAUGGAAACAUGGACAUGAACAAAAAGUUUUUCCUGGGGCACAUGAAAAAUAUGAUGCAACCAACUGCCUGAAAGGAACGGAAAUUGUAUAUCUGAACUGGUACCGCCAGGUGUUGCUUACCCAUUGUAUUAGUUCAAGCAGCACAGGGGUUAAUCACAAUCAAGGCAUUUAAU